AGGCACAGCUAUGCUCAUGUUUGCGUUUGCCUCCCGGCGAGACUGAUAUCGUGCAGUAGUAUUUGCUGUUGGCAACUUCACCAAUACUUUGCGUGGGAGGUCCUCUCCGCUAGUUUUACAACUACGUACAUACAUUUCACUGUUCAUCGACUACGUUUUUCACAACCCUGAAUGUGUUAACAUCUUCUCGGCCACUUCUAGAUCAAUACUUUCCUCGGCAGCUGGAGCUGAAGUCUGCACAAGAUGAACAGAUCCACGACACGACCAGUUUCAUCUAGCUCUCGGGAACAAGAGGAGGAGAGUUCCCGGUGGUGGGCUUUUGUGAAGCGGGAAUUUUUGUCCAGCUCCCGUAGUAAGGAAGGCUGGACGUUUGCCGAGGUCAUUGCUACGGUCCAACUCGUUGUGGUGGUCGUCAUUUUCGCAUUGGUUUACGUCCUCUCCCUUCUACCUCGCGAGGCGGUGGCGCGGUUGCAGGCGCUGCGUCGCAGAAUCGCACGCAGUGAUAUUUUCACCAUGGCGGAGCGACACCAGGAAGAGGCGCAGCUGCUGCGCGCCCAAGGUGCCUUACUUUCGCGGCGCAAGGUGCGAAAGUUUUUGCUGCGGCGCGAGUACAACUGGUGCCGCUGCGCGAUGUUGGCCUUCUUCUGGUUGCGGGAGGAGAUCCGAGCGGUGUUUGCUUGCGUGACGUCUAUGAUCGUGAGCCGGAUCACGUACUAUACAGGAAGCAAGAUGUUGUUGCCGACAUCUUCAUGCCGCGCACUGGACAAUAAAGACGACGAAGAUGGUACGGCGAAAAUACGGCAGAUCUUGAAUGCGAAGGAAGAAAGGCGGCGGCGGCGGGCAGAGGCAUUAAAGAGAAGAGUGCGUGUGGCGGACGCGCGCGCAAGAACGUUUCCAUCCGAAAUGAGUCCGUGGGCGCUGGUAUCCGAGAUGAAGCGCGGGAGCCAGAAACUGCCGCUGUUCGGGCACGGCCAGGAGCGCGUAGAUGAAGGCAAACACGAGAGGUCUGAACAAGAACCAGUUAAGCCAGUCAGCAACGUGCCGGUCCUCGUCUCCACUCUGUUUCGCGAAGUCAGUCCGGUCGCGGAAGAAGCAGUAGAAUUGCCCGUGGUGAUCGUCCCAGGAGAACCGGUUAAGACUUUGGAUGGCAGUCAAUCUGCCACCCUUUCGCAGAAAGGAAAUUCUCAGAAACGCAGAAGCAGUUUGCGCCUGAUGUCCUGCAUUUUUUAGACUGAAGUGUUGCAUGUUUUGCAAACCGGUGCGCUGCAGUACCAAUUUUGUUGAGCGAGUUUAUUCAAAUUUAAUAGGGUGUUGCGCCUUACGGAUAAUCUUCGCUUCGGAAAAUUAGUAAAAAAGAAU